UAUUAUAAUUCUACACAAAGAAGCAAAAUGAUACACUUCCACAUCAAACGUGUGACGAUAAACGACAUUGACAAUGUGAUCAAAUUUUUAAAAAGAACAUACUUCCUUGAUGAACCGCUGAUUAAAUCAUUAGAAUAUUGCACAUCAGAAACUGAAUAUUGUCCUGAGUUAGAGGAAUAUUGCCGAAAUAUUCUGACAACACUUUCAGUGAUAGCAAAAGAUGUUGAAGGAAAUAUUAUAGGAGCUCUUGUAAAUACUAUAGGUCUUAUUCAUGACCCAAUUGACUACCUACUAAACAUAGACAAAUACGAAAACAUAAAAAUACAAAAGUUCAUGCGAGUAAUUGCCGGAAGAUCGGGAGCUAAUUUACAAGAGAAAUAUCCGGAUGAUAGAGAAUCAUUUUACAUCAGCCUUGCGGCCACUGACAAGGCGUGGAGGAAUAGGGGAGUUAUGAAAAAAUUGAUGGAGGAAGCUCAAAAAAUAGCAAGAGAACAUGGCAUCAGAUUGAUCCAGAUAGACACAUCUAGCUUCUACUCAGCCAAAGCUGCUGAAAAACUCGGCUUUACGUGCAUUUACGAGAGACGUUACGCAGAUAUUACAUAUAACGGCAAACCAAUCGUCGUGCCUGAUCCCCCACAUACAACGGACAAAGUUUUUAUAAAGGAACUCUUUUAAAUGUAUAUGAAUUCGCUAAAAAUAGAGAACCUUAUGUUUUACUUGGGUAAAGUCCGUUAAAAACUUCGAUCUUUAAUUAUUGUUAUUAAUGAUACGAGACCUGAAAGUUCCUAAAAUUGUAUUGUAACGCUUAGAAAAUAAUUUGCUAUAAUUCACUACGACGAAGUACUACAACAGUGUGAUCUAGCGUCUCUACCGGUUAUGUGAAGCCCU